UUAUUUAUUAUAUUAUUUUGGACUCCCUGUAUAUUCUUUUGUAUGGACAUCGCUAAUCAUCUGAUCGCUAUUGCAAUGUUGCCAGAUUUCCAGUAUGGAUUCUGAACGAAAUUGAACGACAGGUUAUGUAUUUUGAUCACGCAGUAACCAUAAUCUAUGGCAGUAACCUCAAAAAAGGCUAAUAAUGUUACGAAAAUCCUUCAAAUUACUUCUAAAUGAAAAACUGCCGCUUUAUACAAAAUUCAAAGGACAUUUAAGCACAACUUCUUUGGUUAAUGAAAAGUGGGACCUUUUAACUGCUGUAUGCUUAGAAAGAAAGCCUGUUAUAACGCAGGAGUUAAAUGAAAUUCAAAAAGAGUAUGAGGAAUUAUUAGCCGAAGUAGAAUUUGAAAGGAGUCUGAAAAGUGAUCACGAACUACAGCACGAAUUGGAAUUAAAACAAAUUGAGGCGUUGAAAAAAGGUGAUAGUGAUGAUUUAGAUGUAAAUUUAAAGCAAACUGCUCAGGAUUUUGUUGAUUUGUGUGUUGAAGAACUUACACAAUUUAAAAAAGGAAGCAAAAUAACACAGGAUGAUAAAAAAAAUAAUGAUAAAUCUUUGAAUAGAAAGUUGGAUAAGCAUUUAGUUUUAUUAGUUAACCAAAAAUUGGGCGAUCAAAAACAUUAUUUACUUCCUCAAGGCAAACGAGAGGAAGGAGAGACUUUACGACAGGCUGCCGAUAGAGUAUUGAAACAAUGUUGUGGCCCCAACGUCAAAACACAGAUUUAUGGAAAUGCCCCAUCUGGGUUUUAUAAAUAUAAAUAUCCCAAACAAAUACGAAAUGAAAAAGCUGUUGGUGCAAAGGUGUUCAUAUAUUUUGCCAGACAUUUAGAAGGGCAAUUACCCGACAAAGGAGUUGACUAUAAAUGGCUUGAUAGGCAAGAGAUGGAUAAAAUUUUACCUGCAGAAUACAAAAAAAGUGUUGGUCAGUUGUUAAUAGAUGAAUGAAUAUAGUUAUGUAUAGUAAAGAUAUGUUUGUGAUUUUAUUUUCUCCACAAUAAAAACUACCCCUUAUAUUUUGUAAAACUGUCAA